AUGUACACCAAUUCUCCGCAUUGGGAACGGCCAGGGGUCGGAGAGGAUGAUGAUGGUGAUGAUUAUGAGAACAUGGCCACACCCUACAAGGAUCUUCCACCCAAGCCAGGUUCAAUGGCUCCACCAAGGCCUCCGAGGGCAGGAAAGAAAACAGAGAACCCCCCACUUCCCCUCAAGCCCCCAAAGAGCACAGGUCUGGAUAUCACCCCUGUCAUCAGCACGUGUCAACCAGGCAUUGAUCUGGAGCAUCCUCCCUUUCAGCAACGCCCUUUCACAUCCCCAGCGUCCUGGCUCAACAAGAAGUCCCGAGGUUCCUGGUGCUACCGGGUGGAGAGACUGAUGUGCUUGUGUCUGCUGGUGGUGAUUUCACUCUUACUGAGCUGCACUGCUCUAAUUGUGAAUCUGAUUAAAUACCAGGAAGUAGUGGAAGAAAUAAGAAUGUUAACCUUUGAGCAGAUGGCAUGGCGAGCAAAUGUGUCUGGCAUGGAGGGGCUCGCUGGACUGAGGAAGGACAUUGACCACUUAAGAGAUGGCACCAACAAGUCCCUGACAAAACUUCAAGGUUUAUUAGGCUGUAACAAGGCCACGUGCCCUGAGGACUGGAUCCCUUUCGACAGCAAAUGUUACUACUUCUCCAAAGUCACCAAGUCAUGGGAGGAAGCCCGGAAAUUCUGCCAGGAGAAUUACUCUCAUUUGGUCAUCAUCAGUAGCUUUGCUGAGCACAACUUUGUGGCCAAGGUUCACGGCUCUCCACGGGUGUACUGGCUGGGGCUGAGUGACAAGGAGCGGGAAAACGACUGGAAAUGGCUGGACGGAUCACCUGUCACAUUAAGUUUCUGGGAUCCACAGGAACCCAACAACCUCUUUAAUGAGGACUGUGCCAGCAUGAAUAAGGGUGGCACCUGGAAUGACCUCUCUUGUGAUAAAACUACAUAUUGGAUCUGUGAGCGGAAAUGUUCCUGUUGA